GAUUGUUUAAAACCUCGAGAUUUAAUAUUUAGUCAUUUUAGUUUUUCAUACUUUCUUAGUCUCUGUUUCUAAACUAAUUUUAAUCUAUUUGUCUGAAUUUAUAACUUAUAACCAUUUAUAUUUCAUUUUAACUAUCAGUUAUUGUUAUGUAACUUACUAUAGUUAAAUUCAGUGAUCUUUUAUAUUUCGAACACAUUUAGUAAUAUACAUUUUUGUUAUAUAUAUUUGUAUGAUUUCUUUGGUUCUUUAUAUAUUUGUAAAAUAACUUAACGAAGGUUCACGUUAAAAAUUACAGCAACAACUUCAUUACUAAACAAUUGAAUUUUUUUUUAAAGAACAUAAAAUUAGUUUUAAAACAAUAAAUUUUCUUAUAUAACAAAAAAUAUUCUUAUGUAAAAAAGUAUGUUCAUAUUAGAGAAUUAGUAAUGAUAAACCAGAUUCAAAAUUUCUGAAAAAAAUUAAAGGCCACAUUUUUUUAUAUUGCUUUAGGCCACCGGAUAUUUCGGGACGGCACUGCAGGUGCACAUCAAAAGCUGGUAGCCCACAGGCGACCAUAACAAGACCAAUGGCUGAGAUUUGAUCACUUAUCUGUCAUGUAUCCGAAUAUUAGGACACGAUUGGGCUUCCACGUCCACAAAUGUCAAAUAGGUGUAUCCUUAGUGUUGUGAGAUCAUAAAUUCUUAAAGGCAAAUGUGGAUAGGGACAUAUUUUCACUUUUGUUUCUAUGCAGUUUUGUCGGUUUGACAUUUUUAUGUACAUUACCUCUUUUUGUUUAACGCUGAUAUUUGAUGGCCGGAAGGAUGAAUUUGCCUAAUUUUUUUAUUUUUUUUCCCCUAAGGGUAGCUUUGACCAAAAUUGUUAACAUACAUGAUUUGUCUAACUCAUGGAAAUUAGACCUAGCUCAAAUUUUGCAAAACAGAUAAAAGUAUCAUCGUUUCUUUUUAUAUGCGAUUAUCGUCUAAAACUCAUUUACAGCUCUUAUCUCAGUUUUUCAAUAGUUGCCUUUUAUUUUGUGUACAGUUUCAGUAUAACAAUGUAUAUUGUAAACAUAGUUUUGAUAAAAUAAUACAUUUAUUAAAGUGUUUUAGUAUAAAAAAAGUUAGGUAAAAAAUUGUGGCUUAGUAGUUUGUGUUAGUAUACCAAUUGUUUUACUAUAUUCCACCAUUCAUGAAUGAGCUAUGUAUACACAUCAUGCCUAGUUUUCAAAGUGGUAGAAAAUGUUUUUUUCAGAAGGUCCAAGGACACAAGCUGAGGCUAAGCCCAAAAAAAAAAGUUUUAACUAAAUUUCAUAGAAAAACAAAUUUAGGUUAAAAAUGUAAUUCCUGAAAGCUGCAUUAUUUGGUCCUCUUAAUAGUUUAUAUAUUAAAAGAAUGGUCCUGAGAGAACCAUUUGUUUCUUUAAGGCACCAUCCUCCACAAUAUAAAAAGCUAACGAGUAAACAAUAGAAGAAAUUGAAAUAUAGGACAUAACCACAAAAUCCUAGGGAGAUCUGGCAUUAUUGAAGCUCAAAGUGUCAAACUAUGGAUCCUUAUAAGAAUCCUAAUCCGAAAGGGUACCAGCGACAGAGACCAUUUGGCUCAGCCGGCGAAGGUGGAAGCAGCGGCGGCUCCGAUAUGCCCCAUGAUAUAGAUGACAAUAAGAAGAAGAAGAAGCUGCUUCACCGCGACAUCGAACGCCAGAGAAGACAAGAAAUGGCUACACUAUAUGCUUCCCUUCGUAGUCACCUACCUCUCCAAUACAUCAAGGGGAAGAGAGCUGUUGCGGAUCAUGUAAAUGCAGCGGUUGGUUUCAUUAAGGACACAGAAACACGGAUUAAAGAACUCAGUGCAAGAAGAGACGAGCUAAGCAGAGAACAAACAUGUCAGAGAUCGGAUCCUAACCUAGCAAGAACUGGAUUCGAGUUAGGCAAAUCGGAUCCAGCGAGUUUGAUUGUGCAACCAUGCGUGAACGGUUUCGAAGUGGCGGUGAGCAGCAACUCUUCAGGUCCUGACGCUUUGCCACUUUCAAGAGUGCUUGAGGCACUUCAGGAGUUAGGGCUUGAAGUCAUCAACUCUCUCACCACACGAGUAAAUGAAAGGCUCAUGCACACUAUUCAAGUCGAGGUUAAUACUUUCGGAUGCUUGGACUUAGCUUGGUUGCAGCAGAAGCUAGUCGAGGACUUGAUCCUUUCGCCGGGAAAUAUCUAAAGCUAUCUUGAAACUUCAUCUUGGGAGCGGGCCUUGAAAUUCACUCGUGGAUGGAGGCGUAGCUUCGGUUUAAACAAGUUCAAGUGUGUGCUUUUGUUAUGUUUCAAAAGACGUUAGGGGUAGCUAGGUCAUAAAAUUCACCAUCAUUCACUGCCCCCACCGUAGAGACCAAGGGUUUGAUGUUUGCAACAUUGCAUUUUACUCACCAUCUAAGGUUUUUGUGUGUUUGCUUUACAUUUUGCUUCGAUUUAUUACCUCCAAAUUUCAGCUAUCAUGUUUCCCUUUCAUUAUAAUGUUUUGUAUCAUUCCAUAGCUAUGUUUUCAUGCGGAAUAUUUAGUAUGAAUCUGAGGGUUUUAUAUAAUGUAUAUCCCAUGAAUCAUUAAGUCUUAUUGGAAGGAA